AUGGAUGAAGACAAGCUUUGCUAUCUCUUUCGAAGUUCCGUCCCGUUUGAAGGCAAAAGCAACAUAAUAUAUAGAGCUAUAUAUAGUGCACCAAGGGAGCUCAAGAAAGCUGUGGGAGAACAUGAUGGCAAUUCAGGACUUGUUUUCCUCGUUUCUACAUUGAAGACCAAGAUUUCUGCAGCAACAAAAAAAGUCUAUUUCUCUUUUGUCUGCAUACAGAGCAUGCCUUCCUCAGAGAAAAGGUUUCUGAUGCUGAAUUACAAGACCAAGUCGAGGACAGAAGAAGGUGAAUACGAGAGGAAACAGCAUUGGUGGACAGCAGAAGAACAGCCAAUAACAUAAAGUUUAUCUACCUCUUAUUCCCAACUACUUUUUUUUUUGGCUUUUCCCUUUUUUUCCUCUUCUGUUUCUUUUUGGAUUUUCUAGAUUUCAUCCAAUUAUGUUGUAGCAAGUUGCAAGAAUAUGAGUGGUACAUGUAUAAAAU